AUGUCUGUCAAAUUCCAGCAAGACACUGUUCGUGCCGUCGGCGUCAAGCCUGAGGACCUGGCCCCCCAUGCCCACGACCUCGCGCACAAGGUCGGCGAGCGCCUGACUGGUGGCAACACCCACACCGGCUAUCUCGCGGCCUACUUGAAGCAGCUGCAGAAAUAUCCCCUGCGCACCAAGAUGCUCACAUCCGCUGUGCUCUCGGCGUUGCAGGAAUUCGUGGCCUCGUGGCUCGCCCAUGAUAUCAGCAAGCAUGGCCAUUACUUCAGCUCCCGCGUGCCGAAGAUGGCCCUCUACGGAAUGUUCAUCAGCGCGCCAAUGGGCCACGUUCUCAUCGGCAUCUUGCAGAGGAUCUUUUCGGGCCGGUCGAGCUUGAAAGCCAAGAUUCUUCAGAUUCUGGUUAGCAACUUGAUUAUCUCGCCUAUCCAGAAUUCUGUAUAUUUGAUUUCCAUGGCCAUCAUCGCCGGCGCGCGCACUUUCCACCAAGUCCGCGCAACCGUCCGCGCUGGUUUCAUGCCCGUCAUGAAAGUCAGCUGGAUCACGUCGCCCAUCACUCUGGCUUUUGCCCAGUACUUCCUCCCCGAACAUACCUGGGUUCCCUUCUUCAACAUCGUGGGAUUCGUCAUUGGUACAUAUGUCAACACCCACACCAAGAGAAAGCGCCUUGAAGCGCUCCGCCGACAAUACGAUCAGCGACGGCCCGGUCCUCCUGGUCCCCCGGGUCCUCCGGGCCCUCCAGGCAGCGAAUACGGUCGUCGUGACUACUAA